GAAAUAUACACAAUUUGUCCCAUUUAUCUCAUCAGUACUCGGCCUAUUGUCUGUCAAGUUGUCUACAUCGGGUGUCAACAAAACAGUCCAAAAGGCUUAGCGUCUCAGAUAGCGGGCGCACUUGCUAUAUGUCGUAGAGGUAAGUGUUUGACUGGCAUUGAGUUAUUAUUCCGUGGCCAAAGUACGUGGACGUUGUGAUUCAUUGCUAUUGAACUCUGAUCCCUUAUCGUGGCACUAUACUAUUGGUUCGUGACCCUUGGUACGACCGCGACUUUUAUUAUUUUCUCGUCCCUUCGCCGAGCCUCCACCUUGUCAGAGGUAACAUUUCAUCCUCUCCCUUGUCUCCAGCGAACGGCGCUUGUUUUCGCGGUCCCCGUACUUCCCAAUCCACCGUACUAUGGAUCCAUACGUAACCGAGCCAGAGGAUAUCCCCUCCACCGAUUUGUAUGCUGACAUUCCCCUCUACGGACGAUACCGCCCCAAACAAAGCGAUUUUCAUGUCAACCCAGAGCACAUCGGCUCCCUCUCGUCGGACUCAAUACGAUACUGGGAAUCGGUACUUGACUCCUGUGACGAAUCUGUCAGGAUCUACCCAGCCGAUGAGGAUGGGCGUGAUGUAUUUGCACUCGGCAGUGUCAUUGUCAAAUCCGCCCAUCUGCAUGAAACACGCGGGAUUGAUUAUUCGUUCGCCGAUGCCAAUGAGGCUGCCGCUGUCUCUAUUGCCAAAGGCGUCCUCGGGGAUAUUCGAGUGCCUGACAUCUACUUCGUCGGCCAGAUUCAUGACCGACCAGUGAUCAUCCAGGAAAGACUUCCAGGUGUUACGUUGGAAGUUGCAUGGCCAUAUCUCUCACACGACCAAAGGCAGUCAUUCAAAGACCAGGCGCGGGCGAUCCUUCGACAGCUCCAUACCAUCAAGCCGAAAGAUGAUCUUCAAGCUCGAUCUCACGUUGUCCCGGACCCGAAUAUUCUCCGCAACGGUCGGCUGAAUCCUCUGGAGGAGGAUAUCCUUUUCGCAGAGACCAAUACUGACCCAGACAUGAGCUUCAUGCAUAAUGACUUUACUCCGUCCAAUUGCAUCGUUGACAAUGAUAAUAUCGUGGGGCUGAUUGAUUGGGAAAUGGCCGGGUUCUUCGGUUGGAAGACGGCGGGUGAAGUCCAUCGCAGGAUCCGGACGCCUCAGAGGGAACAUCUUGUGAAUGCAUCUCUAAGCGAAGAAGAAUUGCAAUGCAUGAUGUUUUGGAACGACCUUUAUGACGAUUGAAUUUCUUCCUCGGAAAGUCAGGAGAUGCUUUCAUCGCAGUCUUCACAUCUUUGAUACAUGAUACAAAUGAUCAGAGUCUUGUGCGUCUUCACGAGAGUUUCUCCAUCAUAAUCCUUAUGGGCUCGUGGCCGUCGGUGGUGAUGAAGCACGUCGGAUUUUGAAUCAUUGCCAUUGAUCGGACAGUCCGACGGACGAGAAACAGAUAGGAGCAGGGAUGCUUGGGUAGCAUUUGUUAUGGAGCCCAGCCGUUUACGAGCGCUGGCUUUGGUCUAGGAGACUUUACUGUGUGACCGGGGAAGUCUCCCGCGUCAAGGUGACACGAAAUCGACGUCUUGGAUUGGAGAUGUUACAUAAAUUGACUAAUCAGUGGAAAUAUCAAUAUCUU